UCAAAGUUCACCCUGGCGACCCAAAGAAACCCGUGGAGGCUUGCUUGUUGAGCGCGUUGCAAUGCUUAUCUUCUUCCAUAUGUGAUGUCUAAAGCGAAAUAAAUUAUUCAUAUUUGGAGGGAAGUGAACAGUUGCUUAUUUGAUUUGCUACAAUUGACGACCUAAACUGUUCAACAGACUGAAUUAGAUAUUCAUAGCUAGCCUGAGCUAGCGCUACAGUUGUGCAAACUCGCUAACGAAAGAGUAAAAAUGCAGGAGUUAAUAGCCAAUGUUGAUCAUAUCAAAUUUGAUCUGGAAAUUGCCGUUGAGCAACAACUAGGUGCUCAACCUUUGCCUUUUCCAGGGAUGGACAAAUCUGGUGCUGCCGUCUGUGAAUUUUUCAUGAGAGCGUCUUGCAUGAAGGGUGGCAUGUGUCCCUUUAGGCAUAUAAGUGGAGAAAAGACUGUGGUUUGUAAACACUGGCUCCGAGGGUUAUGCAAGAAGGGGGACCAGUGCGAGUUUCUCCACGAGUAUGACAUGACAAAGAUGCCGGAGUGCUACUUCUACUCCAAAUUUGGGGAGUGCAGUAAUAAAGAAUGCCCCUUUCUGCACAUUGACCCUGAGUCCAAGAUUAAAGACUGUCCAUGGUAUGAUAGAGGAUUUUGUAAACAUGGACCAGAUUGCAGACACAGACACACACGAAGGGUUAUUUGCGUCAACUACCUGGUUGGCUUUUGUCCUGAAGGCAAAUCCUGCAAGUUCAUGCACCCACGUUUUGAGUUGCCAAUGGGAUCUACAGAGCAGCCUCCUCUACCCCUGCAAGCACAGAACCAGCAAAAGCCCAUCCCAUCCACAAACAGAUCAUCGGUGUCAGUGAUUCCGUUGACCAACAGCAAUAUGAACCAUCAGCACAGGAUGCCACAUCAUUUAGGACCAAUGAACUCCAUGGGACAAAACAACAUGGGAGGAAACAGAGGUCCUCGGCCACUAGAUCAAGUCACCUGUUACAAGUGUGGAGAGAAGGGUCACUAUGCCAACAAGUGUACAAAGGGGCAUCUGGCCUUCCUGAGUGGACAAUAGUCAUCUGGGAACCCUUUCAUCAUCAUGGUAUGAGCACCAAUCUCAGGACCUUCAAUGUGCCAGUCACAAUGCAUUCAGCCUUUACAAAUGUCUCGCCAGACUCAAGACUGCCUCAAAAGUUGAGGCAUUUGGACUUCACCUUUUUGAAAAAGGAAGCGUAUUGUACAGCUCAUCUGUUUUGUUUAACCUUUCAACUUGUGGCUUUGGCGCAGUGUUGAGAAAUGGCAUCUUUUAACCUGUGACAUUUUUUUGGAUUGCAAACAUGAACUGAAAUGGGGAUUUGUAGACAUCGAAUAAAUCUUUACCUUACCGCCUUAAUGACCCGGACACCAAAUUUUAUUACAAGAAAUUACUUGAUGUAGUCAAUGAAGCUGCAUCAAGACAAGACACGCAUGAACUCUGGAUCGUGGUCACACAUGGGAAACAGGACCGCAGGAGUGAUCUGUAAUUGUGUGAUUUCCCCCCCUCACUGUAUGAAGCUUGCAGUAGUAAUAUUUCAGCAGCCAAAUGCUGCCCCCAUGUGGCCAUUCUUGUAAGUGCUUCAAUUACAACUAAGUGGCACCAUUUUAUAAGCAAAAAAAAUCCACAGGUAUCUUGUAGGGCUGUACUAAAAACAUUGUACUGAAUGCAUACUCAUGUAAUAAGUUGUUGCCGUUGAUGCAUUACAAAAAAAUCUCGUCUCCUUCACUUUAGCUUGACUGUAAGAAUGGAAUAUUUGUUCAAUAAAAUGUUAUAAAAAUCUC